GGAGUCCGCAAGCCGAGGGAGGUCAUGACGCGGCAAGGCUUACAUCACGAGCAAGCAGCACAGCAAGCUCGACAUCAUAUGCUGCCAAGCUCGAAGAGCCAGAGAAAGCAGCCGCGGUGUCAGCCUCUAACACCUCAAGCGCUAGCGCGGUCAAAGGCUCCAUCAAACUCCUUUAUGCAUCACUCGAAAGGAAAGACACAGGCAUGGUGCUUCUAGGUCUCGCACUAGCAGGAGUGUCGGGAGCCCUGCCGGCCAUCAUGACCAGAGUGCUAGGCGAAGCCUUCGAUGCCUAUACCUCCUACAAUCCCACCGGACUACCCUCAUCAGAGGUACCACGAGUACAGAAGGACAAUCUGCUCGCCUCGAUGGGCAAUAAUGCCUGGCAUCUUGCAGUGCUCGGAGCAGGCACAAUGAUUCUCAGCACGGCCAUGAUCAGCGUCUGGAUCGUCAUUGGGGAACGUGUGGCGGGAAGGUUGAGGUCUAGAGUGUAUGCCAGUGUCAGUCAGCGCAAGAUGGAAUGGUUCGAUCUCGGCAUGGGAGCCGAUCAAGAUAGCACAGAGCAAGACGAGAAGGGAGAGACUGAGGCUGGAGCAGAGAGUGAAGGAGGGAUUGGCUGUGGUGGUCUGAUGGCCAAGUUCGCAAGAGAGACAGACGAUGUCAGGAUAGCUACUGGUCAGCAAGCCGGACAGCUCGUGCAGUACCUGACUACCGCUCUCGCCUCUCUCGCUCUUGCGCUGGCAACGAGUUGGUCACUCACAUUUGUGAUCCUGGCAAGCAUCCCCAUUGCCGCAGGUGUCACGAUUGUUGUAGAGGUCAUCUGCGGCCCAUUGCUUGUAGCUGAACGAGCUGCUACCUCCCGGGCUUGCGGCCUCGUGGAGCGAGUCGUCACCUCCAUCGCGACAGUUAAGGCUUUCAAUGGCGAGGCCAAAGAGCAAGCGCGGUUCAGCAAGCUGCUCCUCGAGGGAUAUCGAGCAUACAUGCGUGUUUCCCUCUGGUGGGGCAUCCGACACGGUUUCAGCAACUUCCUCAUGUUCUGCAUGUUCGUGCAAGGAUUCUGGUACGGUUCAUACCUCGUACAGAGUGGAAAGGCAACCUCGGGAGAUGUCAUGUCUGUUUUCUGGGCGGCGCUGCUGACGAGUAGUCACCUGCAGAUGAUCAUCCAGGCACUCAACAUUAUCGAGAAGGGCAAAGUAGGAGCAGCGGGCUUAGAGCGUUUGAUCACUCUUGAAGUUGAAGAGGGCGACUCUGUGGCCCUGCGUCCGCUACGAGACAAAAAGAUCGGUUCCCACUCUAGAAAUCGGUCGCAAAGUGAGCACUUCACUAUCGGCGACGAGCAAGAUGGCCAUGGGACCAAGCGCCUAUCGGAUCGUUCUGCUACCACAUACGGAUCAGAUACAUUCUCGCCCACUGGCAGUGCAUUUUCACACAUGAAGAGCUCAGGCUCAAAGAAGCUAGGACGAGCAGUCGCCAUGCGUGGCAUUCGGCCUCGAGGCGAAUGUUCAGGCGAAGUCAACCUGCGGGGGCUCACAUUUUGCUACCCCUCCAUCAAAGCUACCUCGCCAGACGCUCCUCCUACACUCAAGAACAUCGACAUGUUCAUUCCAGCUGGCGAGCCCACCUUCAUCGUAGGCGGCAGUGGCAGUGGCAAGAGUACUAUUGCGCAGCUGCUUCUACGACUCUACCGUCCUGACUCUGGGGCUAUCGAGCUGGAUGGUCAAGACUGCCGUUAUCUCGACCGGGAAUGGUGUAGGACUAACAUCGCCUCCGUGGACCAGCAUCCCAUCGUCUUUGAUCUGAGCGUGCAUGACAAUGUCGCCUUGGGUCUCAUCGGGCGAGGCCUCAGCGAUCAGCAAGUCCAACAAGGGACACAUGUGCCGAUAGUGGACCGGGAGCAAGUCAUAAGUGCCUGUCGAAUCGCUUUACUGCACGAGUUCAUCAAGGAUUUACCUGACGGAUACGAUACCAUUCUUGGUGCACGAGGCGCUGCACUCUCUGGUGGACAAAAGCAGCGGCUGGCUAUCGCCCGUGCUCGACUGAGGGAUCCAGCCAUCUUGAUCCUCGAUGAAGCCACCAGCGCGCUCGACAUCACUUCUCGGCUCCUAGUCAAUGAAGCCAUCAAGACUUGGAGGAGAGGCAAGACAACCAUCAUCAUCACACACGAUCUCAGCCAGGUGGACGAACAUGACUUCUUGUACAUGAUGAAGGACGGAGAAGUCGUCGAGAAUGGCUAUAGAGGUGCUCUGAUGAAGCAGCAUAAUGGCCACUUUGAAACUUUAGCGAGACAGCAGAACUUGCAAGAUCCUUUCAAAGAUGCUGAGGAAGAGAGAAUCGCCGACGCUGAGAAGUCGUCAGCUUUGUCGGGCCCCCUUCGCAUCACAAUCGGUGAGGUUGAAGAAGAGGCUCUCGAGGAAUCCCCGGUAUCGCCACGUAUGGUGGCAGCAAAGAAGCUCAGGAGGAUGACAAGAAGGGACGAACUGGCAUCGGCUCUUGGUCUGCCUCCGGGAUCAGGGCAGAAAGCUUUGAUCACAGCAUUGGGACUGCAAGACUAUCCCCGCGCAAGCUCACAGAGCGUCCCAUCGGAUAUCGGUAGUGAUGACGAAAGGAACGACGACAGAUUCAGCACUGUCUCUUCUGUUCGCCAAUAUCGCUCGCCAUUCGUCUACAACCGAUCGCCGGGACUCACGACAGACUCUCGAGGAACUUCACCCCGCUUCCCGCAAUCAGCUGUCGUCUCGUCACCACUCAGCUACCAGACACCUCGUUUCGCCCAUCCUUACAGUAUAAGCGAAGCCAGCACGGUCUCGCCAGCGUUGACUUCGACACGCAUGUCAGACGCGGGCUCAUUCCGUAGCCCGGUCGCUCUGGGGGUACAAAGUCCAAGCACUGACUCAGGAUAUGGGAAGGUCUCCCUUGGCGGACUACGAGCUUUGCGCCUACCUGAGCAGCAUCAAGCAGAUGUCGUUUGCGAGCAGGCCCCUUGGCUCGAAGUGGCAGGCCAGACCGCAGUAGAGAUGAGAAUCUCACGUUCGCAAGCUAGAUCAGUCAAUAUGCUUUCGCGGAUGUCGAUGUCGCACAGCGUCUCGAAGAUGAUUCGAAGGGAGUGGAGUGAGGUUGACCUUGUCAGAGCCAUGUCAGGUCCCGCUCAUGACCCGACGAACACAUUUACUGCCCUUGAUAUGCAGAAAGGCGGCCUGGCGAGCGCGCCAGAUAUGACUACACUGGAGCCUGCGCAGACGUGGGCAACGUUGCGCUGGGCUUGGAGUUCCUCUCCGUGCAAGUGGACUUUCUUCUUUGGCACAGUCUGUUCCGUCAUUGGAGGAGGUAUCACACCGAUCUUCUCUUACUUCCUGGCUCUUCUCCUGGCAACUAUGGCCAAGCCCAAUCAAUCUGCCCUGGUGCUGCGCUACUCGCUCUCUGUGCUCGGUCUGGCCUUUGCAGAGGGUGGAUUCGCUUUCCUGCGCUCCUACCUAAUGGAGCGAGCUGGCGAAGGUUGGAUCCUUACACUUCGAAAGAAAUGCUUUGCAAAAGUGCUGGAUCAGGAUAAGACUUGGUUUGAUGGGAGAGACGCUGCUGCUGGUGUGCUAGUCAACAAGAUGAUCAAGGACGCUGAGGACGCGCGCAACCUCAUUGCCACGUCCGUCGGAACUCUCGUCGUAGUAAUUGCCAUGGUCACCAUCGGUCUCACUUGGGCCAUGGCUACCGGCUGGCUCCUCACCCUCAUCGGCCUUGCACUAGUCCCAAUCUUCAUCGGCGCAACAGUAGUGCAAUCUCGCGCUAUCGGCAAGUUCGAAGCUCGCAACAAGGUUAGGAGAGAGACCGUGGCGAAGCGAUUCUACGACUUAGUCUCCAACAUCCGUGGGAUCCGUUCCAUGGCCCUGGAGCCCGUCUUCGCCGCCCAGUUCUUGGAUGCCAUUACCGCAACCGAGCGGGACGCGCUGCGUGCUGCGCCACUCUCCGGAUUCGCCUUUGGACUGGGCGAGGCGAUCACCUACCUCGCUGAAGCACUGAUAUUCUACGUGGGUGCAGUGCUGAUCACAAAGGGCACGUACGACUUUCAGAAAAUGGUCAUCACGUUCAAUCUCAUCAUCUUUGCUAUCACCUUUGGCAGUCAGAUGAUGGCGUACCUUCCUGCACUGACUAAGAGUAUUCAAGCCACGGCGGACUUGCGCAAGUUGGUGGAGCUGGGCGAUGAGACGCCUCGAAGCAGCAAGCAAGGAGGCUCACCGUCCUCCCUGGUUGUCUCGUCUGAGAAGACCGGAUCUGCCCAACCAGUCAUCAGGGGCGCAAUCGUCUUCCGCGACGUGUACUUCAGCUAUCCAACCAGACCAGACGUGCAAGUUCUGCAGGGCGCCUCCUUUGAGAUCUUUCCUGGCGAGACGGUCGCGAUCGUUGGUGCCUCUGGAUGCGGGAAGAGCACCGUCGCUGCGCUGCUGCAGCGACUCUACGAGCCCACUUCGGGACAAAUCUUCCUCGAUGGGCACCGAUUGAGAGAUAUAGAUAUCAAGCACCUUCGAGACUACACUGCUGUUGUAUCUCAACAUCCGAACCUCUUCGAUAUGUCUGUAGCCGAAAAUGUUGCGUACGGGCUGCAGUGCGAUGGUGCUAGUGAUGGAGGAAAGAUUGCAGUAGCAAAGCGAAGCGAGAUCGAGCGUGCCUGCGCUCUUGCUUGCGCAGACGAAUUCGUUCGAGCUCUACCACGCGGCUACGACACGUCCAUGGGGGAGAGUGCCUCUCUCGUCUCGGGUGGUCAGCGCCAACGACUGGCCAUCGCACGAGCUCUGCUCCGCUUGCUUCCGCCCGCUGCUGAGUCGACGUCGGAGCGACAGGAGGCUGGUUUUGGAGGUGUACGAGCCGAGAGGAAGAUCGCCAAUCUGCUCAUUCUCGACGAGGCGACGAGCGCUCUCGAUGACGCCAACCGUCGAUUGGUCGUGCAGACGCUCCUGUCCGACACGCCGCACCUAGCCAAUCCUUCAUUGCGAUCUCAACGUUGUCCCUCGUCUUCCUCUUCCGCUUCCUCAGCGACGUCAGCCUCGAUGGUGCUACCCACUACGAUCUUGGUCACGCACAAGCUCGAUGAGAUGCGCGCCUGCCAGCGCAUCUUGGUCUUUGAUGCUGGAAGAGUGGUGCAGGCUGGGACGUUUGCUCAGCUCAGUCGACAGAGGGAAGGGGUGUUUGCCAAUUUGGCUAGUGCGGGGGAGUGGGGUGCUUGAGACGUCGCCUUGGAGAGGAAAAGAGAAGAGAAGGGGUAGAGAUAGGUGGGCAGAUGCGUAAGAGAUGAAGCGCCAGACGUAGAGGAUGUUCCUGAUUGUAUUUGUACCUCCUAAGAUCAAGCCUUGCAUUGUCAUACCGCACACCGCGUAGCCAUUUUGUGCUCAGUACUCCUCUCCAGCCAAGUGAACCACCUUGGCUGCUCUUGAUCCUCUCUCCCAC